CUCCAGCUGUUCAUUUAGAAAGGAUUGUAGCAGAACAACAUCGGCCAGCAAAUUAGUAAACCAUUGAAUUCGGUGCAUCGAACAGUCGUCGGGGCGUCCGUUUUCCUUCUGUACGAUGAUGACCUGUUCAUGAGAAGUUCUGUGUUGCAAUGUGAUGUUUCGUAACCAUCAGUGGACAAUCCCUACAUUGUUUUAGAUAUGACUGUUAAAACUGUAUUCGCAUAACAAAAAAGAAAUAUAUAGAAACAACAACAAAUUUAUGUUAAUUGUUUCGGAAAAUCCCAAACAUGGCCAACUUUUUAGUUUGUUCGGCCCUAUUCAGGGUCGUCAUGCCCUUGAUUCUGUUAACGUGUGUUGUAUUCAGGCCAUGCAUUUUAUCGGGCAUCUACCUGUUAUUCACUUUGGUGUCGGCUUCGGUUCCCGUUCCGACACCGGAGACGAUGAAUGGAGCCACCGGAAUAUACCUAAAGAUACUGAUAAUGCUAUCAACGCUGACCGGUCUCGGCCAGCUAAUAUUCCAAUGCCUCCUCCUGUUAAAGUAUACACCUUACGGUGAGAUCCUCAACAGCUGCGGUUUCCUUGAACGUCUCCUCCGACACGCUGGAUUCGUACGUCUGGACCAACUGGACGUGCAGAACAUCCUCGUGUGGGUCACCCCUGAGGUGGUAAUGUUCCUAGCCUCCAUCGCUUUCUUCAUAACUUUCAAGAAACUUGUGAUGCCAAUCGAGUCGCAUUCUGAAGAGGAAGGCGUUCCGCAGAGAGAAGAGACUCAGGUUAAAAAUGGAAAAAGCAACUUCUUCUUAGCUAUGGGGAAGUACCUGACGAUCCUCGCGUUCUGCGUCGCUGCAAUUUUCAAGCCCUCGGUGAUCGGAGGGUUCUACUUCUUGGUGUUCUUGUCAUCAGCCACUUGGUGGUCCUGCAACAAGCAGUUGGCCAAAUGUUUCGGCGUAGUUCUGAAGAUAUGCAUGGCCGUCGUUAUUUGCCACAUCUUCACACUGUACACCUACCAGACGCAGUGGCCUCAGGAGUUCCUAGAUCCGAACAGCACUUACGCCAGGUACUUUGGGCUCUCGGUGAUGCUGAAGGUGAAUUGCGAUGAACCUCGAAACUUCAUCUACGAGGAAACAAUUUGGACCGAUUACGCAAACGUCGUGGCCCUUUUACUUCUUUACUUCAUCAUCGCCAUGGAAUCGAAGCAACUGCUCCAAGCUCAGCCGGCCAAGAAGCAAGGGACAUUCUCGCGCUUGGAGGGCAGCUUUAAGGGGCCUCUUAGCCGCCAGCUAUCCCAGAGAUUGUCUGACAGACGUCUCCGGAGAUCUGGCACCAGUAAAAACCGUUGGCAGAGCGCCACACGGAAAGUUCGCCUGCUGCACAGAGCCGGAGCAGGGCAAAAGUACGGACGUGGCAAGGGAACCAUACUUCAGGAUUCAACUGGAAGCGUCAUAGUGAACAAUGAAGAUGCAAUGGAUGAUAUUCCCAUGGAGAAUAUAGAAAAUGGAAAUGGAGUGGCAGAUGAUGAACCUUCUAUAUUCGAGCAAACCGUUUACAUUCUUGAAUCAAUUCUGCUCUUCGUCAUCAGGACGUCAUACAUUGCUACCAAUAUCAUCAUGAUGGCAUGGAGUAUCACAUACCACAGCUGGUUAACAUUCGUGCUUCUUCUAUGGGCGAAUAUUCUGUGGAUGGUGCCCAACCAGAGGAAGUUCAUGUUGCGUUCGAGUCCGUUUCUGGUGCUGUAUGCAUGGUUCCUAUUAAUUUCCGCUUACAUUUACUCGAUGAACCUCACCGACGAAGAACUGCCCGUAAUCAUUUACAACAUCGAUCUAGCCCAAAUAGGUUUCCAGAAGAUCAGGAUAAUGGCUUGCACCCCGCUUUUUAUCAAGUGCCUUUUCACGACAAUGUUCUGGAUCACCCUCAAGCAGUACGUGAAAGAGCGCGAAGAUGCCAGAAACAUUUCCGUUCUCGCCGAUAUGACGGCUCCUCUCCAAAUUUCCGUCGGUGCCGUUACCGAUGAAAGCACGAAGAAGAAGGAUAAGGAAAUACUGACGAGAUUCGGAAACGUAGUCAGAGGUAUUCUGACGCGCUUCUGGAUCUGGAUUGUUGCCAUCACCUUGUUCUUCGUUGCUAUUACCGGGGAAAGAAUGACCAGUUUCAGAAUCCUCUACAUGGCGCUGUUUUUAACCUUCAUCUUAAGUUUUCAGGUUUCGUUCAGAGCUUGGAGAAAAAUCAUGUUCGCCUUCUGGAUCACGGUUAUCGUUUAUUCCAUGUUAAUUUUAGUACUGGUCUAUACAUAUCAAUUCAAUCAUUUCGCCGAUUAUUGGAGGGACUAUCUCCAUGUUAGUGAAGAACAACAAUUGGAUAUCGGGUUGGAAAAAUACGAUGCUAAACAAUUGUUCGUGCGAUUAGUGACACCCACAUUCUUCGUCAUAAUAACUGUGAUACAAGUCCACUACUUCCAUAAGGAUUUCCUGGAAUUAUCGAAACCAAAUUAUGGAAAUAUUAUGGACACAACUAAGUCCGAGGCGAAUAGUUCAGCGCAGGGUGGCAUCAAAAUGAUGGACGACGAUGAUGAAGAGAACGAGGAUGGUCAAUAUUCGAAUCUGGAUCUUACGGACAUCGAAAAUGUGUCCGUCAAAGUGGUCCAAAAGAAGUUCUACAAAUUCCUGACUUUCCUCUACGAAAUUUGGAAUUUGUGUCUGCUCUUCUUGGAAAUUCACAUGCCCAAAUUCGUGCUGCUCAUGGCUAUGGUUGUGUGUCUGAUGGACACGUGCGCUCUCUACUUAAUAGUCAUAGUCUUCAUCGUAUUAGGAGCUUCGGUUGGAAAAUCGAUGCUCAACAUAUCGAUCUACUGGAGUUCUUUCAUCGUCUCGAUUCUGAUGCUCCUGAGGAUGGUCUAUCAAAUCAAGUACAUCGAUCACGAUAUUUGGAACGUCAAUUGCACAGUAAACGAUAAGAACCUUUCUAUGAACGAUGCUGAAUGGUUGGGAUUCAGGAAAGUCCCCAACGGCCGUGACUUACCCGAAAUGGUCAAAUGGAAUAUCGUGUUCAUCAUAAUCGUAACCUUAUGGUGCGUGCUCAAAGUGCGACAGAUAAAUUUCCGCGCGAUGGGCGGAGAUUUCUUGGGUCGUCCCUUCUUCAUGUUCCCGCACAUCAAAGUCGGCGAUUCUCAUAGAAACCUGAAAACCUAUUUGAAAUAUUUAGCCAACUAUUUCUAUUACCGUUUAGGUGUCGAAAUUUCCUUGAUUGGAAUCGUUGCAACUAUCGGAUUUCGAAUGGACAUGUACGCAUUGAUGUACGCAAUUUGGCUGUGCAUUCUGUUCUCUCUCAACAGAACUACAAUGGCCAAAGUGUGGAACGUCUUUUUAAUAUUUAUAGCAUUCGUUAUUUCCAUUCAGUACAUUAUGGUCAUCGGAUUACCUCCCAGUCUGUGUAUAAGUUUCCCUUGGGAUUCUUCUGAAUUCUUGCGAAGGCUUCAGGAGUGGGCGUAUCUAAUGUCAGCAACGACUCCGCCUCCUGCCAAGAAGAUUAUGUGCGACUUUAUCUUAUUACUUCUCGUGUCCAGACAAGCUUUGGUCUUCAGAAUCGAACGGAGGUACGGAGAUGAUUAUACUGGUGGUUCUAACGAUAGUAUAGUUCAUAACGCCGAAGACCAGAAUUUCACCAUUCCGAUUCCGGACUUUGUAACUUACAGCCGAACGUAUUUGGACAUAUUAAAGAAAGCUGUAUUCCUUCCCUUCAUGUGGAUUACUUUGGCCAUCGUCUUCUUAGCCGGAACUAACCGAGUUAACUUGUUCUCGAUCGGAUAUCUUCUCGGGUCGUUCUACUUCCUCUGGCAAGGAUCCGACAUCUAUUUAAGACAAAUACCGAGAAUUAUCCAGAAAUGGAACGUGUUGAUUUCGUACAACGUAGCUGUUAUUACAGUGAAGGCAUUGCUGCAGUUAAUUGGAUGUAUCUUUAUAGAAUAUCUUGAAGCUGAUUGUUGCUGGUUGAUUCAACUUUUGGGAAUUAGCUGCGUGCGAAAGUUCAAAAUACCUGGAACCAACGGGGCUUUUGAUGGAAAUGAUUGUACAGUCCCACCAGAAUACAUCGGUUUAGCUUGGGAUGGAGCAUGUUUUGCCUGUUUGGUAUUUCAAAAAAGACUCUUCCAAAGUUACAGCUUCUUCCACAUAAUCAACGAUAACAAGGCGUCAGCAAUUUUGGCAACGAGGGGAGCAGAGUUGAUCGAAGAGUUGAGGCAGAAGCGGAUGGUCGAGCAAGAGGAAGAGGAGAAGAAAAUCAUUGAGAAGAUCAAGAUGAAAAUGGAUAAGAUCAAGGCCAAUCAACAGAAGAUUUUAGGGCCAAACUAUCAAGAUUCUGAAAACCAUUAUGUCGAUUCAAUUUUUCCUAAAUCUAAUAGGCCCAUGUACAGAAGGAAGGAGCCCAAGCAUUAUAAAGCCGCCAUUCGUUCCGGAGAUUAUUACAUGUUCGAUGAUUUGGAUAAUGAAGAGCUGGAUUUGAUCGAAGAUAACGUUCCAAUUGAUGAGGACGACGACGAAAUUAAGGCGAGAAGGCGGAGCAAAAAGUUCACACUGGGCGAGUUGCUAAGUGCGACAUUGAAGACGGACGUAGGUACGGCGAUUAGGUUAGAAGGCGGAGGCGUGGGCGUGGGCGGCGCUAAGAGAAGGGUCAGCCUACCGCCCCAAAAAAGAGACACGGUCGACUCGCAAUUUUCCGCGCCACUCUCAGCGCCACCUGCCGUGAGUUUCCGCAAGGAAAAUGUUCAGGUUCACGUUAAGGAUGAAGACGACGAAGAUGAACCUCAACCAAGUACGAGUAGGGAAACGCAAAAAGAUGCGGAAAGCAAAAAAAGCAACGUCCACAAGUAUCAGAAAAUACUCGACUACGUUUUGUUCGUGUUUGCGUUCAUCGAAAGUUUCAUGCUCAGCGCCAUAACGUAUCUGAAUAAGUACACCAAGGAUUACAGAUACGUACUUAAAGUAUUGAGCAGAGAAAAGAAAAUAUUGAAGGAGUCGACUGAAUACAAUGUGGGAAUACGAUUGAGUCCGAACUACAUUUGGCAGCCUGCUAGCACUCAUAAGGCUCUCCUCAUGAAAUCCGAGAUGCCGGACACGCUUAGCAGUAGCAUCAAGAAGACCGCGGAUAGCGACGAGUCUGACACUAAACCCAUUGGGACAUCGCCCCUGCCCUACUCAGCAGAGCGGGACAGCAAAUCGACUGGAAAUGAGAUCUACGAGUACGACACCGGCGAGAUGUCUUCCUACGAUCAGCCGACCAUCCUGCGAUUGAUCCUCGCCGUUUGGUACAUCAUCCUGAGUCACUCCGAUCUCUUCUGCUACUUCAUCAUUUUCCUCAACCAGAUCAAGAACGCCACGUUCAUGUCGUUGCCGUUACCGUUGAUGGUCUUCUUCUGGGGCACGUUGACAGUUCCUAGACCUUCGAAAACCUUCUGGGUCACCAUCAUUGCUUACACUCAGAUCAUCGUUGUCAUCAAGUGCGUUUUCCAAUUCGAUAUUCUACCUUGGACCAGCAAAGAUUACUCUUCCAACAUCAAUUCUGCCAGUUUGAUUGGCAUCGAGAGGAAGAAAGAUUACGCUGUUUGGGAUUUACUUUUAUUGCUUGUAGUCUACUUCCAUAGGUAUAUGCUCAAAUGUUUGGGUCUUUGGAAAACGACCUUCGUAUCAAUAGCGGCAUUAGCCGAUGGAGAAUACAGCGUCGAAGAUGGUGAAUUAGUUCCAACGUCAUCUGAUCAAACUUUGCAACAUUCAGUCUCCAAGAGAAAGGAAAGCGAUUUGGAGCAAUUGGUCGACGAUUCCGAAACAGAGGAAAGGGUGGAACUGCGAUCGAUCGAACUCUCGCCUCAAGAAAUGUGGCCGGCGUCUCUACCCAUGGUAUAUUACUCUAGAAUGACAAAGUACGUGGAUUCGAUGAAGCAUUUCUUUCAACAACUCUUCGAUCCUGGAUCACGUGUAGCCACCGAUGUGUACUCUUACAUGUUCCUCUGCGAUUUCUUCAAUUUCUUCGUUAUCUUAAUUGGUUAUUCUUCAUUCGGGACGCAACAAGGAGAUGGAGGAGUAUCUUCGUAUAUAGAAGAUAACAGAGUACCAGUGCUUUUCCUUCUAAUGUUGAUAUUGCAGUUCUUGAUUAUCAUAGUGGAUCGAGCGAUUUUCUUACGCAAAAACAUCUUCGCCAAAAUCGUGUUCCAGUUCUUGCAAAUACUUAUACUGCACAUUUGGCUUUUCGUCAUUUUCCCAGUAAUUACAGAAAGGAAAAUCAAUUUAGUCAUCCCUCCUCAGAUGUAUUACAUGGUGAAAUGCUUCUACCUGCUUCUCUCGGCAUACCAAAUCCGCUCCGGUUAUCCAUCCAGAAUUUUAGGAAAUUUCUUGUGCAAAGGAUACAACUACGCGAACAUGUUCUUGUUCAAAGGCUUCAUGCUUAUACCAUUCCUGUUCGAGCUACGAACAGUCAUGGAUUGGAUGUGGACGGACACUUCGAUGACGGUUUUUGAUUUCAUCAAGAUGGAAGAUAUUUUCGCUCACAUCUUCCAAUUGAAGUGUACAAGGCAUAUUGAAAGCGAAUAUCCACAACCGCGCGGCGAAAAGAAGAAACCGUUAAUCAAAUACUUUAUGGGCGGUGGUCUCCUGGUCAUCAUCAUCGGCAUCAUUUGGUUCCCACUGGUCUUCUUCUCGCUAGGAAACGCUGUAGGAGAACCUAAUCCACCGUACGACGUGACCGUUGACCUGAAAUUAGGACCUUACGAAUCCCUGUACCGGAUGACCGCUCAAACCAACAACAUCUACAAGUUCAAAGAAAACGAUUUCCACGUGUUCCAGCAACUGUUCACCAAGCACAAAGGGGCGCAAACGUUUUUAUCCAAUUACGAGUAUUCAGAUUUGGCAGCCGUUAAAUUGAGCGGAGAUUCCGCUACGGUUUGGAGCAUCUCGCCGCCGGAUCACGAUCGACUCGUCGAAGAAGUUGAAUCAAAUAACACCUUGACUGUGCAUUUGACUUACCAUAUAUCGCACAAGUCGAACUCGAAGGAGGACCCAGGCAUCAUGAGGGAUGAAAUCAAGCUCGAAAUCCCUGCGUUCGAGGACAACAAGACAAAUCCGAUCAGACAGAAUCUACUGAACAUGCUCAAAAAGAACAAAAGCGAGCCGGUUCUAUUAACUUACAUCAUGCCGAAGUUCGUGAAGGUGACCAGUCGAGCAACGGUUCAAGUACUAAACCAGUUCAUGCUGAAAGUGCAAGACGAGAAGGACACGAAGUUGAGGAACAUCACGCUGAUGUUGGAGAGCGAUCCGAACUCCGAUAAGGUUUGGUGGAAUAUCCUUGAGCAGGUCGACGAUCAAAAUUAUAAGCACAUCCUGCAAAACCUCCCGUACGCGGACAAAAACAGUUUCAUCAUCUACACGUUCAACGAUAAGAUAUUCCCAUCGACUCUGAGCAUAAUAACUGGAGGAGGUAUAAUCGGUUUAUAUACCACUCUUGUAUUCGUGGCGUCGCGUCUGUUGCGCGGAUUCUUCUCGGAGAUCUGCUUCAAGAUCAUGUUCGAUGAUAUGCCGUACGUGGACAGAGUCCUGCAACUCUGCCUGGACAUCUAUUUGGUGCGCGAGGCCAGAGAGUUCUGCUUGGAAGAAGACCUAUUUGCCAAACUGGUCUUCCUCUACAGAUCACCUGAAACACUUAUCAAAUGGACUAGACCCAAAGAGGAGCUCGACGAUGAGGAUGAUCCUGAAGGCGACGAUAACCAAUGAUCGUUGCGUCGCGUUGUUUCGAUUAGCUUCAAACGUGAAAGCUAAAACGCAAAAAAGAUCUAUAUAUUUUUGUUAAUUCAUAGAUACUUACUUUUUAAAGAAGAAAGAGAAAAAACAAACAAGAAAAACAUGCUUUUUAAAUAAUUUCUAUUUAUGUAGCUUCAAAUUCGUUCAAGCUUCGUAUUCUGUUUUUUAUCCAUUAUUUGAUGUAUACAUUUUAUUGCGCUCUGACGAAAUACUAAAAAAAAUAUCACAGAGCCUCUCGUGCACUUCUCUUCCUAGUCGGUAUAAUUAUGUGUAUAAGAUGAUAAAAAGAAAUAUGAUGAACUCAGGUUUGAAUCUUUAUUUUUGU